AUUAUCUCAAUCGCCAAUACAAUACAAUCCGGCGGCACUCACUAGAUCUUGAAACCAUUGUUUGUUUCUUGCUCAAGAUUCUUGAGGAUUCUCUAUAACUACUUUCAAGUUGAUCGCUCUUUGAUUCUCGAUUGGUUUCAGUUCUCGAUUCUCGACGGAUGGCGAUUCUGAGGUGAAUCUGAGGAGCGAAAAAAGAGAAAUCGAGAGAUGGAUGAUAGAGAAGGCUCGUUCGUAGCUGUCAGGCGGAUUUCUCAGGGUCUCGAACGAGGGAGCGUUUACAAUUCAUCAUCUGCUGAGGCUGUGCCUGGAUCAGCAGCUUGGUUAGGCCGGGGUCUUUCUUGUGUUUGUGCUCAGAGAAGAGAUAGUGACGCAAAUUCUACGUUUGAUCUAACACCUGCUCAGGAGGAAUCCUUGCAGAGUUUGCAGAACCGCAUUGACGUAGCUUAUGAUAGCACAAUACCCUUGCAUCAGGAGGCGCUGAGGGAUCUGUGGAAACUUGCCUUUCCUGAAGAAGAGCUUCAUGGAUUAAUAUCUGAGCAGUGGAAAGAGAUGGGUUGGCAGGGCAAAGAUCCGUCAACAGAUUUUAGGGGUGGUGGUUUCAUAUCUCUUGAAAACUUGCUGUACUUUGCUAGGAACUUUCAGAAAUCCUUCCAGGACCUUCUGAGGAAACAGGUUGGGGAUCGGUCUGUGUGGGAAUACCCCUUUGCUGUUGCUGGUGUCAACUUAACAUUCAUGCUCAUCCAAAUGCUUGACCUUGAAGCAGUGAAACCACGAACAAUUGUUGGGGCAACUUUUCUGAAGUUUCUUUCUGAGAACGAAUCUGCAUUUGACCUUCUUUAUUGCAUUGCAUUCAAGCUAAUGGAUCAGCAAUGGCUUUCAAUGCGCGCUUCAUACAUGGAGUUUAACACGGUGAUGAAAUCAACAAGGAGACAGUUGGAGAGAGAGCUGAUGCUGGAAGACAUAAUGCAUCUUGAGGACUUACCCUCCUACGCUCUUCUUAAUCAAUAGCCCUUACGAUAAUAAUAAUAAAUAGUAAGAAGAGUU